AGUAGGUACUUUGUGCAAUGUUUUGGUUGAAUGAUGUUCAAAUUUGUACUAAUUAUUGAGAUUUUUAGGACUCAGUUGAUUUAUUUGUUAGAAAUUUUUUUGUAUACAUUGAUUGGUCUUCUUAUCUAACCUGCAUUUAUACACAUGAAGUUGGAAGACUAAAAGAACAAAAAUGAAUCCGGGUACACUGUGACCCGACCUGAAAAAGUCGGAUACCCGGUUUUCGCGGGUCGGGUCACGGCCCUUUUGAUUACCCGCAAAAGCGGGUAUCCGAAAAACCGGUACCCAAUAAUGAACACCCCAAUUAAUUUGAGACUUGAGCGAUAGUAGAAGAAAGUGAGUAUACGGAGCAAUUAACGUCAAUGUCAUUGGUACCAAAAAGAAAAAGAAAAAGAAAAAGAAAAAGAAAAAGAAAAAGAAAAGAAUCACAGCACUCAAGAGGAGUAUAACGGUAGACCUUAGCUUGUGUGGAGCUCUAUCCUCAGAAAUGUGAUGAAUAGUCAAAAUGAAAAUCCUGAACUCAUCGACAUUGCUUGUAUCACUAAUCAUCUCGUCUUGUUUAUGGAAACUAUCUGACCAGCAUAAUCAUAAAGAUUGCAUACAUCAAUGCGGCGAAAGAGCAAUCCCCUAUCCUUUUGGAAUCGGACCUGACUACUGCUCCUUAAGCCCAGACUUUGCUGUCUCUUGUAUUUCUUUCUCAUCAUCAUCACAAAUACCUUUCUUAAAGAAACUCAACCUCGAGAUUUUCGAGGUGCGAAACAGUGAUUUCCCAAAGUUCUAUGGAACAGUAUUUGUUAAGAUCCCAUCAGUCACUGCUUGUAAUGAUACUGAGAUUCGAUGGAACGGUCCUAACUUGGGCAACUCUAUCUUUUCAUUUUACUCCCAAGACUCAUUGAUGAUCCCUAGUAAGAAUGUCUUUGUAUCUGUAGGAUGCCAUGGAUAUGCCUUGUUCUACAAUCAAUAUGGUGACUCGUGGGGAUGCACCUCAGUUUGUACUCCAGAUAACAAGGAUUCGCUUUCAACACCAGAUAGGAUGGACCUAUGUUAUGGCUUUAACAAUUGCUGCCUAAUAUCAGACAUGAUGGUGUCUGAUCAAUAUAGAAUUAGCGUGAGCGUCCACAACGGAUUAAAGCACUGCAGAUCGGCUUAUUUGAUAAGUCAGGAUUAUUUGGCAACACUUGAAUCAGCUGUAGCUCCUAUGCCUGCUGUCCCGGUGGUACUUCAUUGGAUUAAUAAGGACAUGUUUUCAGAUUGGGAAAAGAAACGGUUUUUUUUCCAGCUUCUCUAUCCAACUUUAGUUUCAUUUAUUUUGGCGUGCUGCUGCGUUGGGAUAUGCUGGCGAUGUAAAACAAGAAAAGGAAGAAAAGAAAUUAAGCUUAGAAAGAAAUAUUUCAUGGGAAGAUUAGAAGAACAAAGGUUUAACCAAGAAGAAGCUGAUAAAAUUAAACUCUUUACAGAAAAAGAGUUAAAUAAAGCAACGGAAAAAUUCAACGAAAAUCGCAUACUUGGUAGAGGAGGCCAAGGUACAGUGUACAAAGGAAUGCUAAGUGACGGAAAACUUAUUGCUGUGAAAAGAUCAGGCUCGAUAAAUGAAAAUCAAUGGAUGGAAUACAUUAAUGAGGUGAUUAUUCUCUCACAAGUGAAUCACAGAAAUGUAGUAAAGUUACUUGGAUGUUGCUUGGAGACUAAAUCUCUUCUUUUAGUCUACGAGUUCAUUUCCAACGGAACUCUACGUGAACUUAUUCAUACCCCAAGUGAAGAGUUUCAAGUAACUUGGGAGAUUCGCUUAAGAAUUGCAUCUGAAGUUGCCGGUGCAAUUGCCUAUCUACAUUCAGCUUGUUCAACUCCGAUUUUCCAUCGAGACAUAAAAUCUAGUAAUAUUCUUUUGGAUCACAAAUAUACGGCGAAAGUUUGUGAUUUUGGAAUUUCGAGAUCAACUAGUAUGGAUGAGACUCAUAUAACCACUGGUGUACGAGGAACAUUUGGUUAUUUUGAUCCUCAGUAUUUCAUAACAAGGCGAUUCUCAGAAAAGAGUGACGUUUAUAGUUUUGGAGUAGUUCUUGUUGAGAUUUUAACUGGACAAAAGCCAAUCCGAAUAGCUAUAGAUGAUGAUCCAACGAGUUUUGUGAUGCAAUUCAUGUCAGUGACAGAUGAAUCUGCUAUACAUCAGAUGUUGGAUCCUAUAAUCUUAGCAAGUCAUAAUAUCAUUGAAUAUAUAAUGGAAGUUGUUUAUCUUGCUAAACGUUGUUUGAACCCCCUCGGAACCGGAAGGCCAACCAUGACGCAUGUUGCUUCGGAACUAGCGUGCUUGAGGCAAAAGUUACUAUCUGCUAAACAUGCUUCUAUUAUUGACAAAUCAGGUCCAUCUCAAGAUGCGAAACUCGUGUUAACGAGCCAAGCUCCUUCUGAAUUCAAUUAAGUUUUCAUGUUAAUGUAAAAGGAUUGCUGUAAUUUGUUGUGUCAAGUAAGAAGCAGUCGCCACUCAUUCAGUCAUUUGGACCAUAUGCUUUGUAAUAAUGUCAAGAUGGAGAUAACCUCCAUUGAUAUUAUCAUCUUAAUUUUUAUUAAUAAUGUAAUACUGAAAAAAUAUCUUUAAAGGAGAAUUAGACCAUCUGA